UCGCUUCUGGGCUUGGCUAGUGAUUUGCGCGUCGUCGUCGUUGCUAUGGCAGCAGGAGAGCUGUCACUGCUUCGAGAACAGCCGCCCUCAACCUGCACGAGUCUGCUCGGAGGUGUGACCUCAGGCGAACGAAGUUGUAAAGCACAUGAGAGAGCCUCCGGGAGAGACGAUGAUUUUGAUGACAGCGACAAGUCUGAUGGCGCCGAGGGCCAGGCGGACAGUUGCGAACCCUCCUCCCACUCUGUCACCAGCCGUACCACAGAGGAUCUGGACAGCUCUGAACAGCUUCAUGACAGACUCACUUGUCAGUCGAUUGCUGAGCACGUCGACCCCGGUGCAUCGCGGGAACAGGAGAGAGCAGAAGAGGGCGGCGUCAUACAGAGCGAAGGAGACGUCUUGGAGUUGCUGUCUUCUCUGCUGCACGGUGAACAGACCUUGGAGCAUCUGGAAGUGUCAGAUUCACAGGCAGUCACCGUCGGCAACGUCACGUAUGUCUUGGGCGAUAUCAAGAUGAAGGAAGUGGUGCAGGAGAACACCCUUAAGCAGCAGAUUUUUGUGAAGAAGCGAGGGGAGUCUACCGACGACCAGCUACAAGUGGUGAGCCGCAAGGAGUGGCUGGCGGAGCCUCCCUCGCAGCCAGUGGACGUGGUGGAGGGCCCUCUUGACCUGGUCAUCAUCAACCACACAGCCUCCCUAUCGUCCGAGACGCCGGCCUUAAACAUGAUACUGCUCCGGCGGAUACAGCUGAUGCACAUGGAGGGUCAGGGCUGGUUCGACAUCGCCUACAACUUCUUGGUGGGGAUGGACGGCGUGGUGUACGAGGGCCGCGGCUGGGGCAUCGUCGGCAGCCACACCAAGAACUACAACGCAGCCAGCGUGGGCGUCGCCUUCAUCGGCCACUUCAUGCAGGAGCUGCCCUCCCCAGAGGCGGUCGCCUCCCUGUGGCGGCUGCUGGAGCAAGGCGUGCGUCUGGGCCACCUGUCGCCUGACUACCGCAUCCUGGGAUACUGUCAGUGCCGGCCGUCGGAGAGCCCGGGCCGCGCCUUCUUCUCGCUGAUACAGACGUGGCCCCGUUGGGCCGAAACGGCGCCGCCUCCUCCUCCAGAGGCCUCCAUCACAUACGGUUCUCAGCAAAGUGGGACGCUCUCUGUACAGACAGUGGCGACCACGAUACCUGUACGAGAUGAUGUCGAUAAUGGAAGUGUAAUAUCUGGCACAUUAGAAACGGCAGCAGUAGAUGAUUCAUCGCAAUUGGACAGCACCCUCAAUCGCCAGCUAUCAGAGACAGCCAGCGAGGCCCAUAGCGUCACGUCUUCUCUUGCAGAAGAACCUCAGGUGCAAGAUACUGUGGACCAUGACGAGGACGUCAGCGAAGAGGAUUCCGCAGACACAGAUCAGCAAGACGAGACUAGCAACGACCAGGCGUUCACUGGGGAUUGGUAUCAAGAGCGGAAGGCAGUACAUGUGUCAAACUCACGAAAUGUUCGAGUGGGCGAAGUCGCCUACGUGUUGGGGUCACUUAACAUCAGCCAAGUUUUGCAGACACACAGUGUUGAGAAGAGGCUGUUCGUGAGCAAUGGCUGCCAAGAGAAGGAGCUACGCGUGGUGCGACGCAGCGAGUGGCGGGCGCGGCCGCCGGCGAGGCACGUGACUCCGCUGUGCAAGCCUGCCACCAAGGUCGUCCUCUGUCAUACGGAUUCAGGCUGCGUCGCGGAAGCAGAGAGGGAGGCUGGGCACUUGCGGACGCUGCAGGAGGUCGCGGUGCACGGCAGGGGCCUGGAAGACAUCCACUACAACUUCCUGGUGGGCGGCAGCGGCUGCGUGUUCGAGGGCCGCGGCUGGGACGUCAGGCCCGGUCUGCCGCGCAGCUGCGACGACUCCAGCGUGGCUGUCGCCUUCGUCGGCGCACACCACGACCAUCCGCCCACCGCGCAGGCCGUGGAGGCCUUCCACCAGCUGAUGGCUGUGGGCGAGCGCGAGGGCCACCUGAGCGCGGACUGGCGCCUGCUGGCCCACUGCCAGCUCCACGACACGGACAGUCCGGGCCGCGCGCUCUACCAGCUGCUCAAGACGUGGCCGCGAUGGGCCGGCGCACGCGGCGCAGAAAUAUUUGACCUGAAACUGGUGUCGCGAGUGCAGUGGCUGGCCAUUCCAGCAGUAGCGCCAAUCUCGAAGCUGCAGCGCCCUGUCAAGACGGUCGUCAUCUGUCACACCAGAACAAAGGAAGCUACAGGUGCGGAGGGUGAGCGCCGUCAGAUGCGCAGCCUCCAGAACUUCGAGGUGCAUUGCCGCGGGCGGGCGGACCUGCCGUUCCACUUCGUGGUGGCGCCGUCUGGCGCCGUGUACGAGGGCCGCGGCUGGGAGCUGGCGGCAGACCUCAGCCUGGGCGUGGAGACGGACGCUCUAGAGGACCGUGGCGGCCGCUGUCUGGUCGUGGCGCUGAUGGGCACCUUCUGCAGACACCUACCGACGCCGACUGCGCUGCACGCCUUGGACACCCUGCUGGCGCUGGCGCAGGACCGGGGGGUCCUGGCACAGGAUUACCACCUGGUGGGCCACUGCCAGCUGGCAGGCACCAUCAGCCCGGGCGGGGCGCUCUUCUCGCUCCUCAAGCAGUGGCCACACUGGACCAACCGACCGUUUGGCGAUGAAGAUCGCGACGCUGAAGAAAGCGACCAUGUACAGUGACAGUGACUGCUCGUGUAUUGACUCGUUCUGAUUUUCUGAUGCUGCUUAAUAGAACGAACCUUCCGUCUAAAUCAUGACAAUGAAACAGCUGGCAGGCACCAUCAGCCCGGGCGGGGCGCUCUUCUCUCUCCUCAAGCAGUGGCCACACUGGACCGACCGGCCGUUUGGCGAUGAAGAUCGCGACGCUGAAGAAAGCGACCAUGUACAGUGACAGUGACUGCUCGUGUAUUGACUCGUUCUGAUUUUCUGAUGCUGCUUAAUAGAACGAACCUUCCGUCUAAAUCAUGACAAUGAAACAGCUGGCAGGCACCAUCAGCCCGGGCGGGGCGCUCUUCUCUCUCCUCAAGCAGUGGCCACACUGGACCGACCGGCCGUUUGGCGAUGAAGAUCGCGACGCUGAAGAAAGCGACCAUGUACAGUGACAGUGACUGCUCGUGUAUUGACUCGUUCUGAUUUUCUGAUGCUGCUUAAUAGAACGAACCUUCCGUCUAAAUCAUGACAAUGAAACAGCUGGCAGGCACCAUCAGCCCGGGCGGGGCGCUCUUCUCUCUCCUCAAGCAGUGGCCACACUGGACCGACCGGCCGUUUGGCGAUGAAGAUCGCGACGCUGAAGAAAGCGACCAUGUACAGUGACAGUGACUGCUCGUGUAUUGACUCGUUCUGAUUUUCUGAUGCUGCUUAAUAGAACGAACCUUCCGUCUAAAUCAUGACAAUGAAACAGCUGGCAGGCACCAUCAGCCCGGGCGGGGCGCUCUUCUCUCUCCUCAAGCAGUGGCCACACUGGACCGACCGGCCGUUUGGCGAUGAAGAUCGCGACGCUGAAGAAAGCGACCAUGUACAGUGACAGUGACUGCUCGUGUAUUGACUCGUUCUGAUUUUCUGAUGCUGCUUAAUAGAACGAACCUUCCGUCUAAAUCAUGACAAUGAAACAGCUGGCAGGCACCAUCAGCCCGGGCGGGGCGCUCUUCUCGCUCCUCAAGCAGUGGCCACACUGGACCAACCGACCGUUUGGCGAUGAAGAUCGCGACGCUGAAGAAAGCGACCAUGUACAGUGACAGUGACUGCUCGUGUAUUGACUCGUUCUGAUUUUCUGAUGCUGCUUAAUAGAACGAACCUUCCGUCUAAAUCAUGACAAUGAAACAGCUGGCAGGCACCAUCAGCCCGGGCGGGGCGCUCUUCUCUCUCCUCAAGCAGUGGCCACACUGGACCGACCGGCCGUUUGGCGAUGAAGAUCGCGACGCUGAAGAAAGCGACCAUGUACAGUGACAGUGACUGCUCGUGUAUUGACUCGUUCUGAUUUUCUGAUGCUGCUUAAUAGAACGAACCUUCCGUCUAAAUCAUGACAAUGAAACAGCUGGCAGGCACCAUCAGCCCGGGCGGGGCGCUCUUCUCUCUCCUCAAGCAGUGGCCACACUGGACCGACCGGCCGUUUGGCGAUGAAGAUCGCGACGCUGAAGAAAGCGACCAUGUACAGUGACAGUGACUGCUCGUGUAUUGACUCGUUCUGAUUUUCUGAUGCUGCUUAAUAGAACGAACCUUCCGUCUAAAUCAUGACAAUGAAACAGCUGGCAGGCACCAUCAGCCCGGGCGGGGCGCUCUUCUCUCUCCUCAAGCAGUGGCUACACUGGACCGACCGGCCGUUUGGCGAUGAAGAUCGCGACGCUGAAGAAAGCGACCAUGUACAGUGACAGUGACUGCUCGUGUAUUGACUCGUUCUGAUUUUCUGAUGCUGCUUAAUAGAACGAACCUUCCGUCUAAAUCAUGACAAUGAAACAGUUAAUUUUCUCAAGCAGAUCGACUAAAAGGAUACUGGACAAUAGAAAACAAAGUAGCUCUUCCAGUUGUAUUAACUCUGUAGCUGAGACUGUUACAUCUACAUCUGCAGGGUGUCCCAGAAAUGUUGCGACAAACUUCUAGGGGAUGUGGGGCACAUCACAAGGAUUGAGAAUUGCAUAGCAACGCCGUCAUAUUCCGCUAGGUGGGGCUCUACACAAGAGUUUUGGCACCCACACUUACCGGCUUUAUAGAGCCUUGAUUUCUUUCUGUGGUGAGCCAAGAAAUCUCUCAUGUAUCGCAAACCUGUGGAAUCUGAACUGGAUCCCGUCGCUGCUACAAUCAAAGAAACUGCCGGUGUCUGGUGUCCGGCAGUCAAUGCUACGUCGAUGUCUGUGUGCAUGGCGUCUGAUGGUGCGAACUUCGAGCAUCUGUUGUAACAUCAGAGCCGUAUUCAUUUCGUACACCAUGUGUACUCGUUAUGUCCAAUAAAUGUUUCAAGUGAACCUCUCUCAGAUCUUCGGCCUCUGUUGCUACUUACCCCUAAUGUUUGCGGUCAUGGGUUCCUACGCAAUUCUCAAUCCUUAUCUUGUGCCCCACAUCGUCUAGAAGUUUGCUGCAACAUUUCUGGGACAUCUCGUACAUCUAGAAUUACACUCUGAAAGUUACC